AUGCUCCCGUCAACAAUACGGACAAGGCUCACGAAUGUCGCACACCGCAGGUUCAACUCCACCAGCACCGCGACACCACCACCACCUCGACCUGGGCAAGCACCAAAAGGACAAGGCUUGGAUCAGCCCAAGGCAAUCUUCUGGGGCUGGGCAGCAUUGGUCGUCGUCGCUGGCUUCGGUUACUUCGCGGUCAAGUCGAACAACACAGCCAAGAAGCGCGAUUUUAUGAUCAAGCAGGGUCAGGAGCUGCAACGGCGGCAGAAUGGAUCUUUGGAGGAUGGGUCGCCUGCUCCUUCUUCAACGCCAGUCCUUAUGUCUUCAAGCAACCAGGAAAAGUACGCACAGUCGCCAUUACAAAGCCUUACGGCUGCUUUCAAUCGUCAGACAACACAGCGCUCGCGUGGUAGAGAGUCGAACAAGGAUGACUCUGAACAGUGA